AUGUCAAAACAAGAAAAACGAUUUCUUUUUACUUCAGAAUCUGUUGCUGAAGGACAUUCUGAUAAGUUAUGUGAUCAGAUAAGUGAUGCUGUUCUAGAUGCUCAUCUCAGUAUUGAUCCAGAUGCCAAGGUUGCCUGUGAGUGUGUGGCAAAAACUGGAAUGAUUUUGCUUUGUGGAGAGAUCACAUCCCAGGCCAUAGUAGAUUAUCAACAAAUUGUGAGAGAAACUCUUAAGAGGAUAGGAUAUGAUGACUCUUCCAAAGGACUGGACUACAAGACUUGCACAGUUUUAGUGGCCCUUGAACAACAGUGUAAAGAAAUCAAGCAGGCUAUUUCCCAUGGCAAGACUGAUGGUGACAUUGGAGCAGGGGAUCAGGGUUUGAUGUUUGGCUAUGCCACUGAUGAAACUGAGGAAUGUAUGCCCUUAACUCUCCUCCUGGCACACAAACUGACUGCAAGCAUAAAGGCUCUGGAACGGAAUGGAACAUGGCCCUGGGUUAGACCAGAUGGAAAAACACAGGUCACAAUGGAAUACAAGGAGUGUAAUGGUGCACUGGWGCCCAUCCGAGUGCACACACUUGUGAUUUCAGUAAAUCAUGCGCCAGAUGUACCGCUACAACAAAUACGGAAUGAACUGAUGGAGAAAGUUGUUAAAAAAGUUGUUCCAGAGAGGUAUCUUGAUGAGAACACCAUUUAUCAUCUCCUUCCAAGUGAAAAGUUUGUAGAAGGUGGUCCUAAGACUGAUGCUGGACUGACUGGCCGGAAGAUCAUUGUUGAUACAUAUGGAGGCUGGGGAGCCCAUGGUGGAGGUGCAUUCUCUGGAAAAGAUCCCUCCAAAGUUGAUCGUUCUGCAGCAUAUGCAGCUCGCUGGAUUGCAAAAUCUCUGGUGAAAGCUGGUCUCUGUAAAAGGGUAUUGAUCCAGCUAUCAUACGCUAUUGGUCUCAGCCACCCUCUUGCCAUCUCGGUGUUUCAUUAUGGAACAUCAGACAGAUCUGAAGAAGAACUGCUUGAAAUUGUCCAGAAAAACUUUGAUCUACGCCUUGGAGCUAUUAUAAGGGAGCUGGAUUUGAAGAAGCCAAUCUAUCAAAAAACAGCAUGCUAUGGACACUUUGGAAGAGAAGAAUUUACAUGGGAAAUACCGAAAAAGCUUGUGUUCUAAGCUUUUCAAAAUGUUUUAUGUUAUUGACAUGUGGUUUAAUAAUCAAGUAAAAUUUGAAGCAGUUGAAGCAAAGACUAAAUCUACUCUUUU